AUGGACUGGUCAGGAAAGUAUUUGGAGGGAUUGGCCAGUGCAGAGGAGCGCAUAUCAUGUUUGCGACCAGCGUACGAAGCGUUUGAGGUUGCGAGUGAGCGUGCGUCUUUGUUAGACAGAGUAUCUGUUCCUACUGAUCUGCAGGCGUCCCAGCUGCUACCGAAUCCUGCAAAAUCAGGGGCCCCAGGGUUAAUUACGGCCUUGGCAGCGAAAGAGGAUUUGAUUGAUGGCCAGCGUAAACGAAUUGACGAGCUCUCGGUCAGUAUCAAAGAUUUACGCUCGCGCUUGUUGGUAUACGAACAAAAGACAAACAACCUGAUUGAAGAAGAUCAAUUGCGAGUCAAGUUCGUAGAAAGCCUUCAAGAAGAGGUGAUUUCAUUGAACUUGCAGCUGUCCUUGGUAGAUGAGACGAAGGAAAAGCAACUUCAAAACCUUCACGCCAAGAUCAACGCGAUUCUUGAGCAGAGUGAAGCGACAGAGUUGCAGACCCAAAUCGACAGUCUCUUUUCCGACCAGAUCCUGAACACAACUCCUCCGAUCAUGGAGAACACUCAAGAAAUCGAACGGCUGCAGACACUAUUGGAUCAAUCGCAGAACCUAGUAACCCAGCAGGAGACGCGGAUCAAAAACAUGCUAGAAGAACAGGCUUUGAAAUCAAGGCUUGUGCAGGACUUGAACGACGAGAUUUUGUCAUUAACAAUGCAAUUGAACCUAACUAAUUCCGUAUAG